AGCACCAUGGACAACGUCCGCGCAGCCAUGUACCUGGGCAUUUGCCUGUCGGUACUCAGCGUUGUGUGCCAAGCGCAGAUGUCAGUAGACAACCGACUUUCUUCACAAGAGGAGCAGUUCGUCACGAGGGACUUGGUUGACGCACUCGAGGGACUUCUGGAGGGAGACCAAGACAACAGGAUAUCACUGGAGAAAAAAGCCAGCGUCAUUCCAAGGUGUGAUGUGGGUGAACGCUGUGCUAUGAAGCACGGGCCACGCAUCGGUCGACUCUGUGACUGUUUGAGGGGAACUGCUUGCAACACGUUCUUUCUGCGCUGCUACUAA